UAUCUUCUAAAAAUCAUACUUUAUUAAAUGUUACAACUUUUUACAACCCUCGUGUAUAUUUAUUUAUCUUCUUCCUCUUUUGUGUCAAACAUAACUAUUUCAUUACUUUCAAAAUUUUCAUUUUUUUAAGUUUCUCAAUUCUGGGUACUUGAGAGAUUUAUUUUUCUUUUCCUUUUUUUUCACACUCCUAAAGUGGAACAAAUCUAUACUUGGAAGAUCAAAUACAAGUAAUCCAGUGGGCUAUUUCACAAUCUCAUAAUUUAUUUUUGAGUAUAAAUAUAAGGAUCGAGGCUUAUUCAAUUAUUGAGUGGGAAAUUUGGUGCACAACUAAAGGUUAUUAUUGUAAUUGUUAGUGGGUUUGUUGGUGAAAAUGGAGGUUGGUUUGGUUGAACAAGGUAGAGAAAGAGAUGGACAUGUUAACAAGGUUGAUUAUGUGAAAAGAGUAAUUGCAAUUGCAAAGAAAAGGAACAAGCCUUAUAACCGUAGGGUAGUUAAGAGGCAUAACGUUCCAAAGGCACUUCAAGAGCUUUUUGGUUCAUGCAAGCAAACAUUCAAAGGCAUUAAUACCGUUCCUUCACCACAAGAUGUUCAUAAACUUUGCCACAUCCUUGAUAACAUGAAACCAGAGGAUGUUGGACUAAGUAGAGAUCUGCAAUUCUUCAAGCCUGGAAAUAUUAUUAAAGAGAAUCAAAGGGUCACAUACACCACUGUCUACAAGUGUGACAAUUUCUCUUUAUGUAUUUUUUUCCUGCCUGAAAGAGGGGUCAUUCCCCUCCAUAACCACCCAGGCAUGACUGUUUUCAGCAAGCUUCUAUUAGGACAAAUGCACAUUAAGUCUUAUGAUUGGGUUGAUUCUGAAGCCACUCACAACUUGUUGCAACAACCAUCAAAAUUGAGAUUGGCAAAGUUAAAAGCAAACGAUGUGUUUACAGCACCAUGUGAUACUUCAGUGUUGUAUCCAACAACAGGAGGCAAUAUUCAUGAAUUCACAGCCAUAACUCCAUGUGCUGUACUUGAUGUCAUUGGUCCUCCUUAUUCUAAAGAAGAUGGAAGGGAUUGUUCCUAUUACAAAGAUCACCCUUGUGAUGCUUUUCCAAAUGAGGAAGAGAUUGCUAAGGUGAACGACAAAAAUGAUAGUUAUGCGUUAUUAGAAGAAAUUGAGAUGCCAGAAAAUUGUCAAAUGGAUGGAAUUGAAUAUCUGGGUCCUCCCAUUAAUGACACAGAUUUUUAGUCAUAAUUCCAUCACCAUCUUAUACAAAAGUGUUUCCAACCUUUUUUUCCCUUUGUGUCCAUAUACAAAAAAAUCAAUGCAAAAGAUUUUGACUCAUCUAAAUUGAAUAACUCUCUUUAUAAAAUAAAGUAAGUAA